CUCGCUGCAUUUUCCCCUGAAGUUCGCGGGAGGCCGAAAUCCACUGAAAAUAUUCCGAAAUCCUGAAAUAUUACCGAAAUAUUGUCCACAGCUGCGCUCGCUUCUGUGCUCUAAUGCCUCCAACUCUAAGUUUUUGUUAGUUCUUCAUCAGAGAUGCCGUCGAAGGACAAAGUCGCUUUUUUCUAUGACGGAGAUGUUGGGAAUGUUUAUUUUGGUCCAAAUCAUCCUAUGAAGCCACACCGACUUUGCAUGACAUACCAACUUGUUCUCUCUUAUGAGCUGCAAAAGAAGAUGGAGAUAUAUCGACCACACAAGGCAUAUCCUCAGGAGCUUGCUCAGUUUCACUCGGCUGAUUAUGUGGAGUUCUUGCACCGAAUAACACCUGAUACCCAACAUCUGUAUGCAAAAGAGCUAGUGAGAUAUAAUCUUGGUGAGGACUGCCCUGUGUUUGAGAACUUGUUUGAGUUCUGUCAGAUAUAUGCUGGUGGCACUUUAGAUGCUGCACGCAAGUUGAAUAGUAAACAAUGUGAUAUAGCUAUAAAUUGGGCGGGUGGGCUACAUCAUGCCAAAAAGUGUGAGGCGUCAGGUUUUUGUUAUAUCAAUGAUCUGGUUUUGGGUAUUUUGGAGCUUCUCAAACAUCAUACUCGAGUGUUGUAUAUUGACAUCGAUGUCCAUCAUGGGGAUGGGGUUGAAGAAGCCUUUUAUUUUACAGAUAGGGUUAUGACUGUGAGUUUUCACAAGUAUGGGGAUAUGUUUUUUCCUGGAACAGGGGAUGUUAAGGCUAUAGGAGAAAGAGAAGGAAAGUACUAUGCCAUAAAUGUCCCUCUCAAGGAUGGAAUAGAUGAUGCCAGUUUUACUCGUCUUUUUAAAACGAUUAUAGCCAAGGUUCUUGAAACAUAUCAACCUGGUGCUAUAGUUCUCCAAUGUGGAGCUGAUUCUCUUGCUGGGGAUCGCCUAGGCUGCUUCAACCUUUCCAUUGAUGGGCACUCUGAAUGUGUAAGAUUUGUGAAGAAAUUCAAUUUGCCGCUGUUGGUUACUGGAGGUGGAGGCUACACAAAAGAGAAUGUGGCUCGUUGUUGGACUGUUGAAACAGGGGUUCUUCUGGAUACAGAGCUUCCAAAUGAAAUUCCGGAUAAUGACUAUAUAAAAUAUUUCGGCCCAGAUUAUUCCUUGAAGAUUCAAAAUGGAAAUGUGCAGGAAAACUUAAAUAGCAAAUCCUAUCUAAGUUCAAUCAAGGUGCAAGUCAUGGAAAGCUUACGGUGCAUCCAGCAUGCCCCUGGAGUACAGAUGCAAGAAGUGCCUCGUGACUUUUACAUCCCAGAUUCUGAUGAAGAUGAGCAGAAUCCAGAUGAACGCGUUGACCAGCAUACUGAAGACAAGCAAAUUCAACGGGAGGACGAGUAUUAUGAUGGUGAUAAUGAUAAUGAUCACACCAUGGAGGAUGCCUUGUAAGACCUCUCUCUCUCUCACACACACACAUAUAUUUACACAUGAGAAAGCGAAGCUACGAGAGAUUGCUCCAGAGAACAAACAAGGAAGAACGAAUUAUAGGCGAGGCUUUUUGUUGCAAAUCUUGUUCUUCUCGGGUUGGCUUCCUGUCCAGUAAAUGUAUUUUUCCCCUAGUUACUAUGUUACCUAGAAAAACAGACAUGUUUGUCCAAAUUCGAUGUGGUCUAGGUCUAGUUCUUUGGCUAGAAAAGCUAAUGUGCAAAUGAUAAAUACUUCAUAUUUAUUACAGUUUGAUAUGGUUGGCGUAGUAGCAAACUCUUGGGUUCAAACUCCAGCCUUGUGUUCCCUACAUUUUUAUUCUCUUGUUUGGAAGUGAUUUGGAAAGUGAUGACAAGGUGUGCAAGUGUGAACAUCUGUCCAAGUGUCGAAAUAUGUCGACACGCGAUAUUUCAAGAAUGACGUAUCUGUGACAUUAAUGUAUCACUCAUGCUUUAAACCUCAAGAAAAUGUAUGCCAGUCUUAACUUUCUUUCUUA